AAAAAACCGUGUUUGGCAAUAAGAAACAAUGGUUUUGACUCUUUUUUUUUAUUAUUAUUAUUUUAAUAUUUAAUUUUAAAAAAGAAGGAGGUGUUUUUUUAGAACAAACUACAAAUGGAUUACAAAAAUUAACAAAUAUUAAGAUACUACUACCAGUAAUAAUAAUAGCAUAAUAUUAUGUUUGAUUUUGAUUUUCAGGUUAGGAAACUUGAGCUUUUAUUGGCUGAUGCAAUAGCCAAUGAAUGCAAUCACGUGGUCGCGUAUGGCGCAGCUCAAUCCAAUCAUUGUCGAACCGUUGCCUUGGCUGCAAGAAGCGUCGGUCUCACACCACAUUUAAUUUUAAGGAGUGAGGCAAAGGAGAAACUGUCUCCCGCACAGGUGAAAGGAGAUUUGAUCAAAUAUCGGGAGACUCCCGCGGAAUCCGGGAGGGUUGACAGGUCUGAUUAAGUCUGCAUUCAGAUUAUUGCCAGUGUGGCCAGGUGAGUUUGAUUUAUUAGGUUUUAAACUUGAAGGGCAGUUUUUCUUUGAUAAAUGUCUACCAAUGGGUUGUGCUAUUUCUUGUGCUACAUUUGAGAAAUUUUCCACAUUUUUAGAAUGGGCCACACGUAAGAAACUACGGGGGGGGAAAUGAUACAUUAUUUAGAUGAUUUUUUGUUUGUGGGGUCAAAUAAUUCGAACCAUUGUCAACAAGCUCUAUACACGUUCUUUAAUUUAUGUAGUAGGUUAGGAGUGCCUAUUGCUGAGGAUAAGACUGAGGGCCCACAGGAGGUAAUUUGUUUUCUGGGCUUGGAGAUUGAUACUGUUAACAUGUUAAUCAAGGUACCAAUGGAAAAGGUUCAUGAAAUUGUGACUAGGAUUUCAGAUAUGUUAUCAGGACAGAAAACUACAUUGAAGGCGAUGCAGUCUUUAUUGGGCAUUCUCAACUUUGCAUGUCGUGCAAUCGCUCCAGGUCGAACUUUUUGUAGGCGAAUGAUUAAUGCCACUAUUGGGCUUACAAAACCAUUUCAUCAUUUGAGAUUAACAGCUGACAUACGUGCUGACCUGCUUAUGUGGUUACAAUUUUUCAAAUCAUUUAAUGGAAUAUCGAUGUUCCGUGACCAAUUUUGGGUCACAAGCGAACAUGAAAACCUUUUCACUGAUAGUUCAGCAAAACAGGGAAAUGGCUUUGGAGCAUAUUACAAUGGUAGUUGGACUUACGCGAGUUGGCCUCAAUGGUGGUUUGAACAGGGCUAUACAGAUGACAUUACAGUGUUGGAAUGUUUCCCAAUUUUAGUGGCAACAUUUAUUUGGGGCAAUAGGUUGGCAAAUAAAAAGAUACUUUUUCAUUCUGAUAAUCAGUCUGUUGUAGCCAUAAUAAAUUCUAUGACCUCGAAGUCGCACAACAUUUUGACAUUAUUGCGUAUCUUUGUACUUCGAUGUUUACAGUUGAACAUACUUUUCAAAGAAGUACAUAUUCCUGGCAAUGUAAAUAUAUUAACAGAUAGUUUAUCACGUUUACAGCUGGACAAAUUCCGACAACUGGCUCCUCAGGCAGAUUCCAGGGAGACUUAUUUCCCAACCUGGCUCUGGUCAAUUUUCACAGUGAAAUUGGAAGACUGCUAGGCGCAAGUCUAUCGAGCAGUACCCAUGCUUGUUACAGUAAUGCUAUCAGAAGUUUGGCACAGUUUAGAUCCUUAAUGCAUAUGGGGGAUAUAUGGCCGGUCCCUAUUGAGCAUUUACUAUUAUUCAUAGGACACGUAUUCUACUAAGGGGUCAGCCCCAUCUUCCAUUGCAUCUUACAUAUCGGGCAUUAGUUUUGUGCAUAAAGUGCAUCAGUGGGACGACUCGACUUCCUUUUUUAUUGUUAAAAAAGCUCUGGAAGGUUUGAAGAGGUUGCAUGGCCGGCCUGACGCUAGAUCUCCCAUUACCCUUGAUAUUUUAGCUCAAAUACACUCAGAAUUGAGGCAUAUUUGUGCAUCUAGAUAUGAAUUGUUGUUAUUCAGGGCUGUGUAUUGCUUGGCCUUUUUCGGUCUGUUCAGAGUGAGUGAACUAGUCUAUACUACACCACAUGCAUCGCAUAGGCCUUUGUUGUUCUCCGAUAUAACAUUAGAUAUAGGCAAUGUUUCAGAAUUGAUUGUGACUUUAAGAUACUCCAAAACAGAUCAAAGUGGUCGUGGUACAACAGUGCAUAUUCCGCUAAUACCAGGUAGUUUGGUUUGUCCUGUUAAAAACAUGCGAGAGUUCUUGUUGGUCAGACCUGUCAACAAUGGUUAUUUGUUUGUCCAUUGUGAUAGAAAACCCCUCAAUCAAUAUCAGUUCAGUGCAGUAUUAACUAAAGUACUUUCUUUCUUGGGUUUACCUCAGGCACACUACAAGUCUCAUUCCUUUCGAAUAGGUGCUGCAACUACCUUAGCUAUGAGAGGAAUUUCGUCUGACACAAUUCAAGUAUUGGGUCGUUGGGUCGUCCACAGCUUUCCAAAAAUAUGUUAGAGUUAAUAUGGCAUAGGGUUAUUGUUGCAGUGUACCAAGUCAUGCGCUGCUUCUGGUUAAUAAUAUUCAUUGAGUUUUUGCAGACGUAUGGAUAGUGGGAUCUUCUAUCAUUUAUUGGGCAUCCAAGAGAGCAGCGGUGCAGUUGAACAGUCACUUACGGCUGGAGCGCCUAGGGGUGAAUAUUUCCUGGAUGGGACGCCGUGGAUUAAAGUGGGACGGUGC